GCUGCAUGGGAGCAAAUCCCUGCACCCGGGUUCCAAAAUGUUGCUGCAAGCUUUUCUCAGAGGAGUCGUGGAGGCCGCUCUGUAGCUGCAUAUCAAUGCAAAUGAUUCAGGAAUGAGACUCCCCACAGCCACAGAAGGCCUGUGGCCGGAGCGCUCGGGUGUCCACACACUUUUGGCAUCAGCACACGCUGUUAAAGUCAAAACGGAGACAUUAAGCUGCAAGUUUCUCUCAAUAAACACGACGAGCACCGCCAUAUCAACCAAAACCCAAUUUCCGCUCCUUCCUUCGCUUGCCUUCAAAGUUAGUUUUUCUACACAACACAUCCUCUCUACGGCUCUGGCUUCAGACGGCUUGGCACAACCGAGACUACGCUACCACCUUUGGUUUUUUUUUCCAGUGUUGACGAACGCAGAAAAGAUUGAAGGUUGCUUGAAAAGCAUGGAGGAUCAAGAAGCGCUUAAAUACAGUCCAAGAAGAGAUGCUGCUAGUUUUCAGUCUCUGCCAGACUUCGAGCCAGGCUUGCACCUUCACCGUCCUCCAGCCCACCUGCCAGAUGAUGUACUAGUUUAUAGCGGCGCUUCUGGGCUGAGCGGUCACUGUUUGUGUUACCCUCUUAGGAAAGAUGUGCAUGCUUCUGGAGACCAUGACCAAGCAAGAGAGGCUUUACUUUUGGAGGGAGGUGACAGACCCAAAAUGGAAAGGGCUUCCACCCCCAAACUCAAAGAAAAACUUGAUUCUGGUGAUAUCCUGUUGGGAGAUGAGGAUGAAGACUCAGAUGAUGAACCAGCUGUCCUCUCUCUCACUGGUAUGUCACCUGCUGACAGCAUAAUCUUAGAUGAAGAGCUCCUCCUGGACCAGAUCAAGGACUUCAAGAAUCAGGGAGAGAGCACAAAGACUGAAGUCUGGCGAACUGACUGGCACAAGAAUCACAUGGCAGCAAUAAGCAGUGACACGUUUGACAGCCUCCUGAAGAUGUGUCCUGAUUUCCAUGGCUGCAAGACCCAUAUGGCAGCAUUUGUCUUAAUAAGGGUGUUGGAUACAGCAGGUCGUCCAUGUGAGCAUUACAAGGUUGUGGCACUGGGAGCUGGCCGUUCAAGCUGCAGCAAGUGGCUUUGCUACAAUGGGACGAUGGUCCAUGACUGCCAUGCCAUCAUCAUUGCAAGACGGGCUCUCCUAAGGUUUCUGUACAAACAGCUUCUGCUGUUCUUUGAUGCUGAUCCAAAUGCCAAGGAGGACUGUAUUUUCAAGAGUAGUGCAGACAGCCAUCAGCUUCAGCUCAAACCCAAGAUCAGCCUGCAUCUCUACACCAAUCAGUGUCCUGAAGGAGCUGCUAAGAACUUCUACUUCAAGGGCUCUGCGAACAACAGUUGGACCACAAUGAAGCUGCAGUAUCACGCCAAGGGCCUGUUGGUCCCUGUAGCCUACCUUGACCCGAGUCUUUGGGGUGCCAAAGUCUGCUGCAUGUCUGGUAGUGACAAGUUGUGUCGCUGGACUGUCACUGGGGUUCAGGGUGCAUUAUUAAGCCACUUCAUUCAGCCACUCUACAUCACUAGCAUGGUGCUAGGAGCCCAGAAGCUCUUUAAUGAGGAGGUGUCUGAUAUCACCACCAAGCGACUAGGUGAUGGAUGGGAGGACUUUCUGCCGCCUUCCUAUAAGAAACACAACAUCAUCCUUCUCUGUGUCGACUACGCGGGGCCCGUUGUGACGACCUCGCAGCAUGACGACCUCAGCGUCAACUGGUGCCUUGGUGACAAGGACAUUGAAGUUCUGGACAGUAGCAAGGGCUUCCUUGUUGAUGGCUCUCCCUCGGUGAGUGGGCCUGGCUUCUCCAGCAGACUUUGCAAGAGAGCCCUCUACAGAUAUUUCCUCCGAGUUGCACAGCUGGGUGGGCAUAGCUAUCUGCUGGACCUUCCCACCUACCACAGCAUCAAGGUGGAGGCCGUUGUCUACCAGACAGUCAAAGAUCUGGUUAAGCAGCAGUUUCUGAGCAUCCAUGCAGGUUCGGUCUCUUGCAGGGUGAGUCUCUCUGGCUGGAGUCGGAGGAAGCCGAUGUGCUUUCUGUGGAGCUGGACUUGACUGAGUGGACCGAUGGUACAGAUGUUCUUGGAGGAUUUAAUCUGGGUUUGGCCACAGCUCCAGCUGAGGCUGAGUUGCUCCACUCUUGACGACAACACCAAACACAAGUAACAGAAAUUAAAACCCAGAGUUUCCUUCAUUUGUAAUUGCUUUUGAUCUCAAAUCUUUCGAUCGCACCGGUUAGCAAAGUGAUCCCGUGUAGGAUUUCACUGUUGAUUUAGUAAAUUUAAGCGUUAAUUGAUGACGUGGCAUCAGUUGGAUCAUACUGUGUGUGGCUGUCGUACCAGAGUACUCCUCAAGUCGAAAGCGUCCGAAGCAGAGGUGGAUCCUCCACUGUUUCCUGACAUUCUCCUUCAUCAGGCAGUGGAAGAAGAAGAUGAAAAGCCCUGGAAUAUAAAUAAAAGUGACGUCAUGAGCCACGGUGGACUAGA